CUUAUGGAAUCUCAAGUUUUAGAUUUAGAAACUUCUGAAUUAUCAGAAAGUUUAUAUGAAAAUAACAAAACUCUUAAAAAACACUAUUUGAUUAAUAUUUCUGGACCACUGCCUCACAUUAACAAAAAAAUUAAACUUUCUAUUAAUAAUAUAUUUUCUAAUUGGGCAAUUGCAGAGCAUAUUAUACAUUACAGUUAUCAAAAAGGAUUUGUUGCUAUUAAAGAUGCUAAUAUCUCGUUAAAUUCACAAGAAUUUGUAUAUGAUAACAAUUUUAUUGAAAAUACCUAUGAUAUUUCACAAUCAUAUUUGUUAGCUUUAAUCACUAAAGAUGAAUAUCUCCUUGCAAAACAGGCUAUUAUUUUACAAGAUGAUGAUGAAAAUAAUUGUAAAUUAGAAGGUUUCUUAAGAAACUAUAUUGAGAAAAAAAAACUUAAAUGUGAAAGACAAACACAACAAAAGGAACUUUGA